AUGGAGCAACAGGCGCCGCCGCCCCCGCCGGGGGCCGUGGCGGUGGGCCGGGCUCGGCGGGAGCAGGACGCGGAGCCUCCCCGGCUUUCUUUCUGUGGAUCCAAAUCCUCGAGAAGAAAAAGUCCUGAGAGUCCCAUGUUGAGCAAGGCCGAGUUUGUGGAGAAGGUCCGGCAGAGCAACCAGGCGUGCCAAGACGGCGACUUCCACACGGCCAUCGUGCUGUACAGCGAGGCGCUGGGCGUGGACCCCCAGAACUGCAUCCUCUACAGCAACCGCUCCGCAGCCUACAUGAAAAUCCACCAGUACGACAAGGCCCUGGAUGAUGCCAUCAAGGCGCGGCUGCUCAAUCCCAAAUGGCCAAAGGCAUACUUCCGUCAGGGCGUGGCCCUGCAGUACCUGGGACGCCAUGCAGACGCUCUGGCCGCCUUUGCCUCGGGGCUGGCGCAGGAUCCCAAGAGCCUGCAGCUCCUGGUGGGCAUGGUCGAGGCCGCCAUGAAGUCUCCCAUGAGAGAGUCCCUGGAGCCCACCUACCAACAACUGCAGAAGAUGAAGCUGGACAAGAGCCCCUUUGUUGUGGUGUCUGUGAUUGGCCAGGAGCUGCUGACUGCAGGCCACCACGGGGCCUCUGUGGUGGUGCUGGAGGCUGCCCUGAAGAUUGGCACGUGCAGCCUGAAGCUGCGGGGCUCGGUGUUCUCUGCGCUCAGCAGCGCCUACUGGUCCCUGGGGAACACGGAGAAAAGCACUGGAUACAUGCAGCAGGACUUGGACGUGGCCAAGAGUUUAGGUGACCAGACAGGAGAAUGCCGAGCUCAUGGAAAUCUGGGCUCUGCAUUCUUCUCUAAAGGAAAUUACCGGGAAGCCCUUACUAACCACAGACAUCAGCUGGUGCUUGCCAUGAAGCUCAAGGACAGAGAGGCAGCAUCCUCAGCACUGAGCAGCCUGGGCCACGUGUACACAGCCAUCGGGGACUACCCCAACGCCCUGGCCAGCCACAAGCAGUGCGUGCUCCUCGCCAAGCAGUCCAAGGAUGAGCUCUCCGAGGCGCGCGAGCUGGGCAACAUGGGAGCAGUGUACAUCGCCAUGGGGGACUUUGAGAACGCAGUGCAGUGCCACGAGCAGCACCUGAAGAUCGCCAAGGAGCUGGGCAACAAGCGGGAGGAGGCUCGAGCCUACAGCAACCUGGGCAGCGCUUACCACUACCGCAGGAACUUUGACAAGGCCAUGUCCUACCACAACUACGUGCUGGAGCUGGCCCAGGAGCUGGCUGAGAAGGCCAUUGAGAUGAGAGCUUAUGCUGGCCUGGGCCAUGCAGCUCGAUGUAUGCAAGAUCUGGAGAGGGCUAAGCAGUACCACGAAGAGCAGUUGCACAUUGCUGAGAGCCUGCAGGACCGAGCUGCUGAAGGCAGAGCCUCCUCCAAUCUAGGAAUCAUUCACCAGAUGAAGGGUGACUACGACACGGCGCUGCGGCUGCACAAGACACACCUGUCCAUAGCGCAGGAGCUGAGCGAUUACGCGGCCCAGGGCCGGGCCUACGGCAACAUGGGCAACGCCUACAACGCCCUGGGCAUGUACGACCAGGCCGUCAAGUACCACCGGCAGGAGCUGCAGAUCUCCAUGGAAGUCAACGACCGAGCUUCUCAGGCAUCCACACACGGCAACCUGGCUGUGGCUUAUCAGGCUCUGGGGGCCCAUGACCGCGCUCUGCAGCACUACCAGAAUCAUCUCAACAUCGCCCGGGAGCUGCGGGACAUCCAGAGCGAGGCACGAGCCCUCAGCAAUUUGGGCAACUUCCACUGCACACGGGGAGAGUUCGUGCAGGCGGCUCCGUACUAUGAGCAGUACCUGCGCCUGUCCCCAGAGCUGCAGGACAUGGAAGGAGAGGGGAAGGUUUGCCACAACCUUGGCUAUGCCCAUUAUUGCCUCGGGAACUAUGAGGAAGCUGUUAAGUACUAUGAGCAGGAUCUUGCCCUAGCAAAGGAUCUUCAUGACAAGCUGAGCCAAGCCAAAGCCUAUUGCAACCUGGGCCUGGCCUUCAAAGCCUUGAUGGACUUCAACAAAGCAGAGGAGUGUCAAAAGUACCUGCUGUCCCUGGCACAGUCUCUGAACAAUUCCCAGGCCAAAUUCCGAGCUCUGGGGAACUUGGGGGAUAUUUUUGUCUGUAAAAAAGAUGUACAUGGUGCAAUAAAAUUUUAUGAGCAGCAGUUGAGCUUAGCCCAUCACGUUAAAGACAGGAGACUGGAAGCCAAUGCCUAUGCAGCCCUGGGCUCUGCAUACAGGAUGGUGCAGAAAUGUGACAAGGCUUUGGGUUACCACACACAGGAGCUGGAGGUGUACCAGGAGCUGGGGGAUAUGUCGGGUGAAUGCAGAGCACAUGGUCACCUUGCUGCAGUGUACAUGUCCCUUGGGAAGUACACCAUGGCCUUCAAGUGCUACGAGGAGCAGUUGGAGCUGGGCCAGAAGUUGAAGGACCCCAGCAUCGAAGCCCAGGUCUACGGUAACAUGGGCAUUACCAAGAUGAACAUGAAUGUCAUGGAGGAAGCCAUUGGCUACUUUGAGCAGCAGCUGGCCAUGCUGCAGCAGCUCAGCGGGAACGAAUCCGUACUGGAUCGCGGCCGAGCCUAUGGGAACCUGGGAGAUUGUUAUGAGGCUCUGGGAGAUUUUGAGGAAGCUAUAAAGUAUUAUGAACAGUACCUGUCUGUGGCUCAAAGCUUGAACCGUAUGCAAGAUCAGGCCAAGGCCUACCGAGGCUUGGGCAGUGGGCACAGGGCCAUGGGAAGUUUACAGCAGGCUCUGGUGUGCUUUGAGAAGAGGCUUGUAGUGGCACACGAGCUGGGGGAGGCAUUUAACAAAGCCCAGGCUUACGGGGAGCUGGGGAGCCUGCACAGCCAGCUGGGCAACUACGAGCAAGCCAUCUCUUGCCUGGAGAGGCAGCUGAACAUCGCCCGGGAGAUGAAGGACCGAGCCCUGGAGAGCGACGCCGCCUGUGGCCUGGGCGGGGUCUACCAGCAGAUGGGCGAGUACGAGACAGCCCUGCAGUACCACCAGCUGGACCUGCAGAUCGCCGAGGAGACCAAGAACCCCGCGGGGCAGGGCCGCGCCUACGGCAACCUGGGCCUCACCUACGAGUCCCUGGGCACCUACGAGAGGGCUGUGGUGUAUCAGGAGCAGCACCUCAGCAUCGCGGCGCAGAUGAACGACCUCGUGGCCAAAACCGUGUCCUACAGCAGCCUGGGGAGGACUCAUCAUGCUUUACAGAACUACUCCCAGGCUGUGAUGUACCUGCAGGAAGGACUGAGGCUGGCAGAGCAGCUGGGUCGCAGAGAAGACGAAGCCAAAAUCCGUCACGGCCUUGGCCUCUCCCUGUGGGCGAGCGGGAACCUGGAGGAGUCCCAGCACCAGCUGUACCGCGCCUCCGCGCUGUUUGAGACCAUCCGCCACGAGGUGCAGCUGAGCACUGAUUACAAGCUGUCCCUCUUCGACCUGCAGACAUCCUCCUAUCAGGCCCUGCAGCGAGUUCUUGUCAGCCUGGGUCACCAUGAUGAGGCACUGGCAGUAGCAGAGAGAGGACGAACAAGGGCUUUUGCUGACCUGCUCGUGGAACGUCAGACUGGGCAGCAGGACUCAGAUCCCUACUCUCCUGUGACCCUUGACCAGGUCCUGGAGACUGUGAAUGGUCAGAGGGGACUUGUUCUCUACUACUCACUGGCUGCAGGUUAUCUGUACAGCUGGCUGCUGGCUCCUGGGGCAGGAAUUCUGAAAUUCCAUGAGUAUUAUCUGGGUGACAGCCUGACAGAAAAUGCUGGGGACUUCCAUGAAGCCAACAGCGUGGCCCUGCAGACACUGACAAACUCAGCACUGGAGCAGCACAUCUCCAGCGUGAGGGAGGCUCUGGGGGUGGAUUCCUACUACACCAGAGCCUGUGCUAGCAGCGAGACAGAGAGUGAAGCUGGGGAUAUCAUGGACCAGCAGUUUGAGGAGAUGAAUAACAAGCUGAACUCAAUGACUGAUCCAACUGGCUUCCUGAGGAUGGUCAGCAGGAACAACCUAUUGAACAGGAGCUGUCAGAGCAUGACCAGCCUGUUCAGCAGUACCAUGUCUCCUGUUAAGGAUGGAACAUCAUCACUUCCCAGGAGGCAGACUUCUUUCACCAAGCCCCCCCUCCGUGCUCUCUACGACUUACUGAUAGGACCCAUGGAAGGAGGUUUGAUGCAUUCCAGUGGGCCUGUGGGCCGCCACCGCCAGCUGGUCCUGGUUCUGGAGGGAGAGCUGUACCUCAUUCCCUUUGCUCUGCUGAAGGGCAGCUCCUCCAACGAGUACCUCUACGAGCGCUUCAGCCUCAUUGCAGUGCCCUCCAUCCAGUCACUGAACCCCAGCUCCAAGUCCCAUGUGAGGAAGAAUACUCCUGCUUACUCCAGUUCUACCUCAAUGGCAGCUGUGAUAGGAAAUCCCAAGCUCCCUUCAGCAGUUAUGGACAGGUGGCUCUGGGGACCUAUGCCCUCUGCAGAAGAGGAAGCCUAUAUGGUGUCUGAGUUACUUGGCUGCCAGCCCUUAGUUGGCAGCUCAUCAACAAAAGAGAGAGUCAUGAGUGCCCUGACUCAGGCAGAAUGUGUCCAUUUUGCAACCCACAUCUCCUGGAAACUGGCUGCCUUGGUCCUGACACCCAACACUGACAGCAACCCAGCCAGCAGCAAGAGCUCCUUUGGGAACCCCUACACAAUCCCAGAGUCUCUCAGGAUGCAGGAUGAUGCCAGUGAUGUGGAGAGCAUCUCGGACUGCCCUCCUCUCCAGGAGUUCCUGCUUACAGCGGCUGACGUGCUGGACCUGCGUCUUCCUGUCAAGCUGGUGGUUCUUGGCUCUUACCAAGAGUCCAACAGCAAAGUCACUUCUGAUGGAGUCAUUGGCUUGACAAGAGCAUUCCUGGCUGCUGGGGCUCAGUGUGUCCUUGUGUCCCUCUGGCCCAUUCCUGUGGCUGCUUCCAAAAUGUUUGUGCACGCCUUCUACUCCUCUCUCUUGAACGGGAUGAAAGCCAGCGCAGCCCUGGGAGAAGCAAUGAAAACUGUGCAGAGCAGCAAGCAGUUCUCCCACCCAGCCAACUGGGCAGGCUUCAUGCUUAUUGGGAGUGAUAUGAAGCUGAACAGCCCUUCCUCACUGGUAGGACAGGCCCUGACUGAGAUCCUGCAGCACCCUGACAGGGCCCGGGAUGCUCUGCGAGUUCUCCUUCAUCUGGUGGAGAAAUCAUUGCAGCGGAUCCAGAACGGGCAGCACAACUCCAUGUACACCUCCCAGCAGAGUGUGGAGAAUAAAGUUGGUGGCAUUCCAGGCUGGCAGGCACUCCUCACAGCAGUGGGAUUUCGGCUGGACCCUCCAGCCAGCGGCCUCCCAGCAGCAGUGUUCUUCCCAACCUCAGACCCUGGGGACAGGCUGCAGCAGUGCAGCACCACCAUCCAGUCCCUGCUAGGUUUGCCUAACCCUGCACUUCAGGCACUUUGUAAACUUAUCACAGCUUCAGAAACAGGAGAGCAGCUUAUCAACAGGCUGCAUCAAGUCCUGGUUCAACUUCAAGCAGGAGAAAAGGAGCAAGAUUUCCCCUCUGCACCAAUCCAGGUCUCCAUCAGUGUCCAGCUCUGGAGGCUGCCUGGCUGUCAUGAGUUUCUGGCAGCUCUAGGUUUUGACCUCUGUGAAGUUGGCCAAGAGGAGGUCAUUCUGAAAACUGGGAAACAAGCUACCAGGAGGACCAUGCACUUUGCUCUACAAUCCUUGCUGGCACUUUUUGAUUCUACAGAGCUGCCCAAGCGCCUUAGCCUGGACAGUUCCUCAUCACUGGAGUCAUUGGCUUCUGCUCAGUCUGCUUCCAACCCUGUACCCCAGUAUCAAAACCCUCCAUUCUCUCCCACCUGUCCAGACAGCCUUGCCUCAGAUGCCAUUUCUGUGUACAGCCUGAGCUCCAUUGCUUCUUCCAUGAGCUUUGUUUCCAAGCCAGAGAAUGUGCUGGAUGGGGCAGGACACAGAGGGAGGCAGGAUUAUGAGAGGCCCAAGAAUAUCUAUCCACACAGGUCUGCAGCCCAGAGCCAGCUGUCACCACAAGCCUCUGCAGCCAGCAAAGAUGAGGAAGAGUAUGAAGGUUUCUCUAUCAUCAGCAAUGAGCCUUUGGCCAGUUACCAAGAAAACGUAAAACCAAGAUUUUCCCCUGAUCACAAACAGCCCAAAACUAGUCAGAAUGGAGGCAUUAAAGCAUCCAUCAACUCCAAAGGGAGCAUAAGUACUCCAAAUUCUCCUGUCAAAAUGACUCUCAUCCCCAGCCCAAAUUCACCUUUCCAAAAAGUUGGGAAACUUGCAAGCUCUGAUACUGGGGAAUCUGACCAGUCUAGCACUGAGACUGACAGCACCGUCAAAUCCCAGGAGGACAGCAAUCCAAAGCUUGAUCCACAAGAGUUGGCCCAAAAAAUUCUGGAGGAAACUCAGAGUCACCUCAUUGCUGUUGAACGCCUUCAGAGGAGCAGCAGCAGCCAGAUCAGCAAGAGCAGCAGCUCUGAGGAUGGAGCUCCCAGCCCCGGUGGCGUGUCCGCCUUCCGCUCCUCGGAGACCAGCGCCUUCAGCCGCCCGCUCAGCUCCAGCCACAGGAACCAGGCUUCUUCACCUCUUGCCAUCAAACCAAAGCCUCCAACGAGGAGUUCAUCCCUUCAGAAGGUGAGCUCUGGCUACAACAGCCCCACCACGUCGGAGAUGUCAAACAGAGAAGGCACAGGUCAGUACAGUGGGCAGCCGUCUCCGGGUUGUGACUCACAUGGGUCCUUGAGUGAGCAGCCUCCCUUUAAACUCAAGUACCCCAGCUCUCCUUACAGUGCUCACAUUUCUAAAUCACCCAGAAAUAUCUCUCCAAGCUCAGGGCAUCAGUCUCCUGGUGGCAGCACUCCGUCUCCUGCUCUUUCCUAUUCCUCAGCUGGUUCUGCUCGCUCCAGCCCAGCUGAUGCCCCAGACAUUGACAAAUUAAAAUUGGCUGCCAUCGAUGAAAAAGUGCAAGCAAUUCACAACUUAAAGAUGUUCUGGCAAAGCACUCCCCACCACUCCACUGGUCCAAUAAAGAUUCUCCGAGGAGCUCCCGGAACAAUGACUUCUAAGAAAGAUGUCCUCAGCUUGCUCAAUUUAUCACCACGGCACAGCAAAGAAGAAAGUGCAGAGAAGCUGGAACUGAAGGACCUGUCUAUUGGGCAACACCUUGCUGCUUCACCACAGAAGAUCCCUCCAAAUGGACACAGAUGCCCUGAAACCACAAAUUCCAUGACAUCAGCUCAUUCCUCACCUGGCAACACUCUGGGAGCUGUGCGUCCCCUGAGGCUGCCAGCUGGGAACGGGUAUAAAUUUUUGUCACCAGGAAGAUUUUUCCCUUCCUCCAAAUGUUGAAAUGUCCUGAGUACCAGCUGAUGACUUACAGUCUUGUUGAAGUAUUUGCUUCUGCCCACUUGCCUUUACCAAAACAGAACCAGUAGCUGAGCAGCCGUGGCCGUGCCCUCAGCUGGCAGUGCCCAGGGAUGGAACAGGCUGGCCUGCUGUCACUGUGGGGGCACACGGCCUCACACACAUGGGGGUUUUGUUUCCCUUAUCAAGACCUUGGCCAGACUCACCUGAUAACAGGUUCUCUGUAGUAUUCAGUAUUUGCAGCAGCAGGUGCAAAGCAUCUGCUUGUCUGUUCAUUAAACCCUGGCUUUUAAGCCACCUCCUUGUAUUUCUUAACCAGAAGUUUUACAGCUGGCUUUUUGUACAGAAAUUACACAUAUCAGGGGUUGGAGAGGAAAGGGAGAGGAGGCAGAACAUUCCUGUGUACCACAAAGAACAUGGGUACAAGUCUCUGCCUGGAGAAAGAUGAGCCAUUUACUCAACUCCUUGCAAAGGCUGACAGAGGAGAAGACCACAUGCCUCUAGAUACCUCUGCCAGGUUGGCCAAACCAGAAACUGCUCUCAGUAAAACUCCAUAGCAGCAGGAUCUGGCAGUUCUGAUGCAUCAUUUAGAGACUGGUGAAACAAAGACAAGAGGAGAGAGGUGCUCCAUUCUAAAAUCUGCAUCUCAGGUAACUUUUGGAGGGAAAGCCCUCAGAUGAGACUUUGCUGGUUGGUCUGCUCAAAGGAAAUGUUUGGGGCUUAACAAACCAGGUGAGCCUGUGUGUGAGGUAAUGAGUGUGUCAGAGAGACAAGUUCUGGUUUUAUUGAGUGCUCUGGUCUCUCUGGCACACCACAUUGUGAAAGUGAACUUUUUAUCCUGGCAAGUUUUGGGCAGUACUUACAUCUCUGCCUGCUCAGUGAGCACAGAAAAGAAUAGCAGAUGCUGCAGCUCAGAACAUUAUUUUGCAGUUAGACAGCAGGCAAGAAUGUGACAUCAGUGUGUGUGAUUCAGACAUCACCAUGCCAAAAAAAAUCCCUCCUUGACCCUGCUAAAUCAUUGCCAGGGCUCAGCACAGGCAGGUCUGGGAGCCUUUUCCCUGCUGUGGGGGCAGGUUUCCUUUGGAGCAGGUGUGGAAAGAAGUUUCAUUUGGAUCAGGUGUGCCAGUGUUGGUGCAGCUGGAGGCAGCAGGCGAGGCAGCAGGCGGAGGGGCUGGAUGCAGAACCUGAGUGCCCUCUGACAUGUGGAGGAAAAGGGACCAAGAGCACCCCCAGGGCGACACAAACAGUCAGCUUCCCUAGGCUAGGUGGGGUUUAGGAGCUGGGGCAGGCUGGAGAUGGUUUCUAGGUGGCUGUGGGAUGCAGUGCUGUGAUCAGGAUCCCAGUGA